GGUGGGCAUUGCGUGAUGGCGGGGGCGGAGGGGCUCAUGGCCGAAGUAAGCUGGAAGGUCUUGGAGCGAAGAGCCAGGUCCAAGCGCUCAGGCUCAAUUUAUGAACCUCUUAAAAGCAUUAAUCUUCCAAGACCUGAUAAUGGAACUCUCUGGGAUAAAUUGGAUCAUUAUUACCGAAUUGUCAAGUCAACAGUGUUGAUGUAUCAGAGUCCGACGACAGGUCUGUUUCCCACUAAAACAUGUGGGGGUGACCAGAAGUCCAAAGUCCAUGAGAGUCUGUACUGCGCUGCAGGUGCCUGGGCAUUGGCUCUAGCAUACAGGCGCAUUGAUGAUGACAAGGGAAGGACCCACGAGCUGGAGCAUUCUGCCAUAAAGUGCAUGAGAGGAAUUCUCUAUUGCUAUAUGCGUCAGGCUGAUAAGGUCCAGCAGUUUAAGCAAGAUCCACGGCCCACCACGUGCCUUCACUCCGUCUUCAAUGUGCACACAGGGGACGAGGUGCUUUCCUGUGAAGAAUAUGGCCAUCUUCAGAUAAAUACAGUGUCACUCUUUCUUCUUUACCUGGUGGAAAUGAUUUCUUCGGGUCUGCAGAUAAUCUAUAACACGGAUGAGGUCUCUUUUAUUCAAAACCUUGUGUUUUGUGUAGAAAGAGUUUAUCGUGUUCCUGACUUUGGUGUCUGGGAAAGAGGAAGCAAAUACAAUAAUGGCAGCACAGAACUACACUCGAGCUCCGUUGGCCUAGCAAAAGCAGCCUUAGAAGCGAUUAACGGAUUUAACCUCUUUGGAAACCAGGGCUGUUCUUGGUCGGUUAUAUUUGUGGAUCUGGAUGCUCACAAUCGCAACAGGCAGACGCUGUGCUCACUGCUACCCCGAGAAUCACGCUCUCAUAACACAGAUGCUGCCCUGCUCCCCUGCAUCAGUUAUCCUGCAUUUGCCUUGGAUGAUGAAGCUCUGUUCAGCCAGACACUUGAUAAAGUCAUCAGGAAAUUAAAAGGAAAAUACGGAUUUAAGCGUUUCUUGAGAGAUGGGUAUAGAACGUCAUUGGAAGAUGCCAACAGACGCUAUUACAAACCAGCUGAGAUUAAGCUGUUUGAUGGCAUUGAAUGUGAAUUUCCCAUAUUUUUUCUUUACAUGAUGAUUGAUGGUGUUUUUAGAGGCAAUCUUGAGCAAGUCAAAGAAUACCAAGACCUUUUGACACCUUUGCUUCAUCAGACCACAGAAGGCUAUCCUGUUAUACCAAAGUACUAUUAUGUCCCAGCUGACUUUGUAGAAUAUGAGAAAAGAAACCCUGGGAGUCAGAAGCGGUUUCCUAGUAACUGUGGCCGUGACGGGAAAUUGUUUCUUUGGGGACAAGCUCUUUAUAUCAUUGCAAAACUUCUAGCUGAAGAGUUAAUCAGUCCUAAAGACAUUGACCCUGUGCAGCGCUUUGUCCCACUCCAGAACCAACGAAAUGUGAGCAUGAGAUAUUCCAAUCAGGGCCCGCUGGAAAAUGACUUGGUGGUUCAUGUAGCGCUCGUAGCGGAAAGCCAACGCCUUCAAGUUUUCCUCAAUACAUAUGGCAUUCAAACUCAGACUCCUCAGCAGGUGGAACCUAUCCAGAUCUGGCCUCAGCAGGAGCUGGUAAAAGCUUAUUUCCACCUGGGUAUCAAUGAAAAGUUAGGCCUCUCUGGGAGGCCAGACAGGCCCAUCGGCUGCCUUGGCACAUCAAAGAUUUAUCGCAUCCUAGGAAAGACUGUGGUCUGCUACCCUAUCAUCUUUGACCUGAGUGACUUCUACAUGUCUCAGGACGUCCUGCUGCUCAUCGAUGACAUAAAGAAUGCACUACAGUUCAUUAAGCAAUAUUGGAAAAUGCAUGGGCGCCCACUCUUCCUUGUUCUCAUCCGGGAAGACAACAUAAGAGGUAGCAGGUUCAGCCCCAUCUUAGACAUGCUGGCAGCCUUUAAAAAGGGCAUAAUUGGAGGAGUCAAAGUUCAUGUUGACCGUCUGCAGACAUUGAUAUCUGGGGCUGUGGUAGAGCAGCUUGACUUUCUACGAAUUAGUGACACAGAAAAGCUUCCAGAAUUUAAGAGCUUUGAAGAACUAGAGGUUCCCAAGCAUUCAAAAGUGAAACGACAGAGCAGCACCGCAGACGCGCCUGAGCUGCGACAGCAGCCGGACAUCACCAUUGCCCAGUGGAAGGACAAGACCACCCACGAAAUCCUUCAGAAGCUGAAUGACUGCGGUUGUCUGGCUGGUCAAACCAUCCUGCUGGGUAUACUGCUCAAAAGAGAGGGCCCUAACUUCAUCACAAUGGAAGGUACUGUGUCUGAUCACAUUGAGAGAGUCUAUAGAAGAGCUGGCAGCAAGAAGCUCUGGCUGGCUGUGCGGUACGGGGCUGCAUUUACCCAGAAAUUUUCCUCCUCUAUAGCCCCGCACAUUACCACCUUUCUGGUACAUGGGAAACAGGUAACUCUGGGUGCCUUUGGACACGAGGAGGAGGUCAUCUCGAACCCACUGUCCCCGAGAGUGAUUAAGAACAUCAUCUAUUAUAAGUGCAACACGCACGAUGAGAGGGAGGCGGUCAUUCAGCAAGAACUGGUCAUCCACAUCGGCUGGAUCAUCUCCAACAGCCCCGAGUUGUUCAGUGGCAUGCUGAAAAUACGGAUUGGGUGGAUCAUUCAUGCUAUGGAGUAUGAGCUACAGAUCCGCGGUGGGGAUAAGCCAGCCAUGGACUUGUACCAGCUCUCACCCAGUGAAGUUAAACAGCUGCUGCUUGACGUCCUCCAGCCUCAACAGAGUGGAAGGUGUUGGUUGAACAGGCGUCAGAUUGACGGGUCAUUGAAUAGAACUCCCCCGGGGUUCUAUGACCGAGUGUGGCAGAUCCUGGAGCGCACCCCGAAUGGUAUCCUCGUAGCUGGGAAGCAUUUGCCACAGCAACCAACCUUGUCAGAUAUGACCAUGUAUGAGAUGAACUUUUCUCUCCUUGUGGAAGACAUGUUGGGAAACAUUGACCAGCCAAAGUACAGGCAGAUCAUUGUAGAGCUACUAAUGGUCGUGUCCAUUGUGCUGGAAAGAAACCCUGAGCUAGAGUUUCAAGACAAAGUGGAUCUAGACAGGCUGGUCAAGGAAGCAUUUCAUGAGUUUCAAAAAGACGAGAGUCGGCUCAAAGAACUAGAGAAACAAGAUGAUAUGACUUCCUUCUACAACACGCCCCCGCUGGGCAAGAGAGGAACCUGCAGCUACCUGACUAAGGUUGUGAUGAACUUGCUGUUGGAAGGAGAAGUCAAGCCAAGCCAUGAGGACUCCUGUCUGGUUAGCUAGUGAGGAGGGUGCAGGGAGCACAGGGGAGAGUUCCCCAGCUGUGCCUUUUGUGGUGAAGUCAGUCCAGGCAGCCGUUAUUGGAUGAGCCGGUGUGUUAGUGAGAUGGCUGUCGUAUUCUGUUUGCCAUUGUUGGGCCUUUGCAUGCCAGUGCCAGUUGAAAGGUAAGCGGUGAUUGGAAUUGAGUGAACCCCAGUUUCCGU